AUGGUUCAAGAAAAGGGUGAGCCUAUGUAUGGAGAUGGGUUUGCAUGGUUUAGGGGUGCAAUGAUUGGAAAAGGGGGGUUUGGGCGUGUUUAUUUGGCUACUUCGAAGAAUCCCAGUUCAAAAUGCAGCUGUUGGCCUCCUGUGAUGGCUGUAAAAUCCGCCGAGGUAUCAGUUUCUGGUUCAAUUCAGAAAGAGAGGGAGGUUUUGAGCAAUGUCAAGGGUUGCCCUAAUAUAAUUAGAUGUUUUGGUGAAGAGACAACAAUGGGGGAGAAUGGUGUGAUGGUGUUUAAUCUGCUUUUGGAGUAUGGUUCUGGCGGAACAUUAGCGGAUAGAAUUAAAAAAUUGGGUGGCAAUGGAAUGUCUGAAUCUGAGGUUAGGGUAUAUGCAAAGUCUAUACUUCAAGGGUUGAAUCAUAUUCAUGGCAUUGGUUAUGUUCAUUGUGACUUAAAACCCGAUAAUGUUUUACUUGUUCAAAGUGGCCGAAGAACCGGGGUUUGUGAGUUUAGGGCAAAAAUUGGCGAUUUUGGGUUGGCAAAGAGGGCACAGGGGAACAAGAAGAGGAAAUUGGAGCCUUAUUGGAGGGGCACUCCACGGUAUUUGGCUCCCGAGGCUGUGGUGGAUAAUGUGCAGGAGUUUCCUUCUGAUAUUUGGGCAUUUGGGUGUAUUGUUCUUGAGAUGUUAACUGGGAAACCUCCUUGGGAUGGGGAAAAGGAAUCAAAUGCAGAGGAUAUUCUUCGUAAGAUUAAAGAAGGAUUGCCAAAAAUUCAGAAUGAUAUAUCAAAGGAGGCAAGGGAUUUUCUUAAGGGUUGUUUUGUGAAGAAACCAAUGUUUAGAUUGACAGCAGAAAUGUUAUUGAAUCAUCCAUUCUUAGAAGGUUUGGAGGUCGUUGGGGAUGAAGAAUUCGAGGAGGUUGAAGAUUUGAAUGAGAUUGAAUCUAUUUUGUUAGUAUAUGAAAGUGAGGAUGAAUUAAGUAGUAGCUCAUUUCAAGAUUAUUGUAGCUUUGAUUCGGGGGAGGAUUUCUUCGAUUAUUUGUCUGAAGAAGAUGUGGAGGAUGAAGUUGUAUCCCAUUUUAACGAAGGAAAAUCGAAGGAAGAAGAAACUAAGAGUGUCACUAGUUCCAUUGAUGAUUCUGGUUUUGAUCAAACAAUCAAAUCAAAAAAUGGACGACAAUAUCCAGUUUCUCAUACUAUUCCUGCAGGUGUCUAG